UUUUGUUUUAUUUUUGUCGAUUUUCAAUCCUUGAAAAAAAAUGAAAUUGAAAUGUGGAAAAUUCAAAAUAUUUUAAUGGAUUAACACAACAUUCAACGAGUCGAAUGACAUGAGCACGAACGUAACGAACACAAACAAUGAAAUAAAGAAACGAACAAAAGCUUUUCGUGAGCACAACACACACACACACAUCUCGGUGAAAAAUGUCAGCGCCACCUUGUUUUUCGGCUCAAAUUAGAAAUAUCCAGUUUAUAUAGUAAAAUUUUUGUUUUGAUCACCAAACAUGCAAACCAUACGAACAUCGUUACAAUGUCGUUCAUCAUCACUAGAUAUUCGUCAAGAUAAUCUUUGUCAACUUGAACAAGAAUUCAAUCAAUAUGAUCGAAAUUUGACCACAAUCACUCAACAAAAUCGAUUGUCAAUAUUGUCGAUGUUGAAAACUUUGAAAAUAUUUUUGGAUCGAUUGGAUAAUGUUAAAUUACGAUUACAACAAUUACGGCAACGAUUAAUUCAAUGUCAAUCGUGUUUUCAAUUUGAUAAUGAUCACAUUAGCCAAUUAUGGAUCAAACUUAUCGAAGAACGUUCCUUAUUACAUCUUUUAAAUGAAUGAACAAUUUUGUUACAAUUAUUCGAAUUCGAAAAUGUUUUUUGUUUCAAUAAUAAUAAUGAG